UCCCCUGUGUCAAAUAACCAAAAAUUGUAGUCGGCAAUUUUGUGUGUGAACAAUAACCGAAUAAAAAGUUUUUUAAUUAACUUAUCAAGUGUUAUUUUGUUUAAAAAAUCAUAAAAAUGCAACCACAAAUCAUUUUAUUGAAAGAAGGUACGGAUUCGUCGCAAGGCAAACCGCAACUUAUUUCAAAUAUAAAUGCAUGUCAAUUGGUGGCGGAUGCUGUUCACACAACUCUAGGUCCUCGUGGUAUGGACAAACUUAUUGUUGAUCAAAAUGGAAAAAGUACAAUUUCCAAUGACGGGGCUACCAUUUUAAAGCUAUUGGAUAUCAUUCAUCCUGCAGCAAAAACUUUAGUCGAUAUUGCCAAAUCACAAGAUGCGGAGAUCGGCGAUGGCACGACUAGUGUCGUACUUCUUGCGGCUGAAUUUUUGAAACAAGUGAAACCAUUUAUCGAAGAGGGUGUCCAUCCAAGAAUUAUAAUUAAGGCCUUUCGUCAAGCAAUUGAUAUGGCAAUUGAAAAAAUAAAAUCACUAAGCAUCAAAAUUGAGAAUUCUGAUGUUCCAAAACAAAGAUCUCUUCUCGAGGAAUGCGCCGCAACAGCUAUGAAUUCAAAAUUAAUUCACCAACAGAAAGAAUUUUUCAGUCGAAUGGUAGUUGAUGCUGUUCUUUUGCUUGAUGAUUUAUUACCACUCAAUAUGAUUGGAAUCAAGAAGGUUUCCGGCGGAGCCUUAGAAGAAUCGCUCCUCGUUGCCGGUGUGGCGUUUAAGAAAACAUUCUCCUACGCUGGAUUUGAGAUGCAACCGAAAAAAUAUUCUCCCUGUAAAAUUGCCUUGCUAAACAUUGAAUUGGAAUUGAAGGCGGAACGCGAUAAUGCUGAAGUUCGUGUUGAUAAUGUUACGGAAUAUCAAAAAAUUGUCGACGCCGAAUGGCAAAUUCUCUAUCAAAAAUUGGAGAAAAUUCAUAAAAGUGGAGCCAAUGUUGUCUUAUCAAAAUUGCCAAUUGGCGAUGUGGCCACUCAAUAUUUCGCCGAUCGAAAUAUGUUCUGUGCAGGAAGAGUUGCCGAUGAAGAUCUCAAGAGAACAAUGAAAGCCUGCGGUGGAGCAGUGAUGACAACUGUUCACGAUAUCAGUGAAAAUGCUCUUGGAAAGUGUGAAUCCUUUGAGGAGAAGCAAAUCGGUGGAGAAAGAUUCAAUUUUUUCGCAGGAUGUCCUAAUGCAAAAACUUGUACUUUUGUAUUGAGAGGUGGCGCCGAACAAUUUUUGGAGGAAACCGAAAGAUCAUUACACGAUGCUAUUAUGAUUGUCAGACGUAUGAUAAAAAAUGAUGCCGUUGUCGCUGGCGGUGGCGCAAUUGAAAUGGAACUUUCAAAAACUCUUCGAGAUUAUUCGCGUGUAAUUGCAGGAAAGGAACAACUCAUUAUUGGAGCUAUUGCCCGUGCCCUUGAAAUUAUACCAAGACAACUUUGUGAUAACGCUGGCUUUGACGCGACAAAUAUUCUCAAUAAACUCCGACAAAAGCAUCAUCAGGGAAAAUGUUGGUACGGAGUAGAUAUUGUCAAUGAGGACAUUGCUGACAAUAUGGACGCUUGCGUUUGGGAACCAGCGAUUGUAAAAAUCAAUGCAUUGACCGCUGCAUGUGAAGCCGCUUGUCUUAUUCUGUCAGUUGACGAGACAAUUAAAAAUCCUUCGAGUCAACAACAACAACAGGGUGGAGGUCGUGGAAUGGGCAGACCUAUGUAAUUAAGCUUAGGAAAAAAAAAUCGAUAUACGAUUCGAAAUUUAAAUUAACUUCUCUAAAAAAAAUUGCUAUUCACAAAAAUUUGAUUUUGUUUUUGUGAAUCAUCGAGUAAAAUUAUUAUUAUUAUUAUUAUUUUUUUUUUGUUUACAACACUGACAUUUUUUUCAAAUAUGUACCGUUAAGUAAAAUACAAAAUGCCUUUUUUUACCGAA